AUGCGACGCGAAUCUACAAAAGGCAAAGGCAAAACUGUUAAUAAGGUAAAAACACAUCACGCUAACACAAGCAAAGGUGUAUUUUUGGGUACAGCUCGUGUAGGCAUUCAUUUUAAUGGCACGAAUUUCGCAGCGAGAGCACUAGUUGAUUCGGGCUCUGAGUGUUCUUUCAUUACGGAAAGGCUCAGACGCAGAAUCAACCUGCCGACCAAGAAAAUGCAUGCCCAAGUUUCGGGCAUCAACAAUACGGUUUCUGCGCAGGUGAAAGAAUCAUGCUCAGUUCAACUUAAUUCACCCAUUGAUCCACUGAUUUCGAUAGAAGUGAUGAUGUUAGUUUUACCCAGACUUACUGGAAAUCUGCCAAUAUGCCACAUCAGCGCACUCACGCAGCAAGCUUUUCCAGAUCUUGUCUUGGCGGAUAAAAGGUUCUUCAUAAACGAGCAAGUCGAUCUUGUUCUAGGUGGAGACAUCUAUCCCCAAAUUAUUUUAGGCGGUAUCCGAAAGAAUGUUCUAAGUACGCUAUUAGCUCAAGAGACAGUAUUCGGUUGGAUACUGACGGGUCGGGCAGACUCAGACAAUCCAACUACUAAUCGCGUAUCUUUCUUCAAUGAAGUGGCCCUGGAUAAACAACUCAGCACUUUCUGGGAGUUAGAAGACAUCCCGAGAGACAGGAUAAUGACAGCGGAGGAAAAGCAAUGCGAGGAGCUCUACAAACGAACGACAAGGCGGAAUCAAGAUGGAAGAUACAUCGUGUCUCUUCCAUUUAAAGACAAAUCCAAAGUCACAUUAGGGCCUUCACUGAAAAUAGCAUUUUCCCAGUUCUACAAAAACGAAAAACGGUUAGAGAAAAAUCCUGAGUUGCAAAAGGAGUAUAAUAGAGUAAUCAUGGAGUAUGAAUCCAUGGGCCACAUGUCGAAAGUAAAUUCAAUUCAGUCAGCAGAUUCCGUAGACAACUAUUAUCUACCUCAUCAUUCUGUGAUAAAAGCAGAGAGCACGUCAACAAAGGUGCGUGUAGUUUUCAAUGCGUCUUCUCCAACAGCGAAUGGUGUCAGUCUGAACGAUGUUCUUUUGCCAGGACCCGUGCUUCAGUCUGACCUGACAAUAUUAAUUCUUCGCUGGAGACUUUUCAAAUACGUCUUCAAUAGCGAUAUUGAGAAGAUGUAUAGACAAAUUCUGUUAGAUUCCAAUCAGACCAAAUACCAACGGAUAGUUUUCCGGCCUUGCCCGAACGAUCCCAUCAGCCUUUAUGAACUAAAGACUGUGACUUUCGGCGUGAACUGUGCUCCUUAUCUUGCAAUAAGGACAUUGCUGCAAUUAUCUCAUGAUUCUGAGAGCUCUUAUCCGAUAGCCUCGAAGAUUUUGCGCAAAUACAUGUAUGUCGAUGAUGUGCUCGCUGGCAGACACACCAUCGACUCUGCGUUAAGAGCUCGAGAUAAAGUCAUCACUGUUUUACAAACAGCCGGUUUUCCUCUGCGAAAAUGGACUUCGAACUGCAGCCAAAUACUACAAGGCAUUUCAAAAUCACAUCUGUUGAGUGAAGACUUUUUGGAGUUCGAGGACACUAGCAGUAUGAAAGCGCUUGGUAUAAGAUGGAACGCUCACUCUGAUCAGUUCUAUUUUAUAGCCAAGUCUAUCGAAAACCACGAGAAUCUUACAAAGAGAUCGAUACUCUCAGAUAUCGCCAAACUCUUUGAUCCACUUGGAUGGCUAGCACCGAUAAUUGUCGUUGCGAAGAUACUAAUGCAAAACAUCUGGUUAGAGGGUACUGACUGGAAUGAGAGUUUAUCUCGAACAACAUUAGACAGAUGGCAGACUUUCACGAAAAACUACAACGAAAUCAACAACAUACGUAUUCCUCGAUGGGUAGAAUUCUCGCCAACGGAGAAAGUCGAAAUUCAUGGAUUUGGUGAUGCAUCCGAAAAGGCAUACGCGACUGCAGUCUACUUGCGUGUGGAACGAGACAAACGCACUUUUGUCAAUUUGCUGUUGGCAAAAACUAGAGUUGCACCAGUAAAAACAAUUUCCUUACCCCGAUUAGAACUUUGCGGGGCGGUAUUACUGGCAGAAAUCAUCGAAUCGGUCAUCAAUAAUCUCGACUUAGGCCACUUGCAGAUACACCUUUGGACUGAUUCCACUAUUGUUUUGGCCUGGAUCCACAAACUCCCAUGUUCUUGGUCUACAUUUGUAGCCCAUCGUAUUAUCAAGAUAAUCGACAAAGUGGGAAACUUGAAUUGGCACCACGUGGACUCAGCAACAAAUCCCGCAGACUUGGCGAGCCGAGGCAUACUAGCGCAAGAAUUGGUCAACAAUUCGUUGUGGUGGCAGGGACCUUCUUGGCUGCAAGAAGAUAAAGAAAAAUGGCCAACACAAGACACAGACUUUACCACAAACAUUGAAGAUAAACGGGUGAACGUUCAUACAACAACAACGAAUGACAACACAAAUGAUAUUCUUGGCCGAUUUUCUAGUUUACCAAGAGCUUUGAGAGUAAUAUCUUACGUGUUAAGAUUCUCUCAAAGAACUCAUCCGAAAACAAAAGCUUCAAUUCAGCCGGAAUCUUACUUAAUUUCAGCCGAUGAAAUUAAGGCAACGACAACCCGCUUAAUAACAAUCUCUCAGAAGCAACACUACGGACUGGAAAUCGCGAAAUUAAAAUCUGGAGGACCGAUCGAUGCGAAAAGCGAAAUAUUGCCCUUAAAUCCUUUCAUCGACAAGAACGGUGUAUUGAGAACAGGCGGUCGUCUUGGCGCAUCUCUCGAUCUGGCAUACAACGAACCUUACCCAAUCAUCCUUCCGUAUAAUUGCAGGUUAUCACGUCUGACUGUCCAAUUCGUCCAUGAUGUCUCACUCCACGGUGAAAACCAACUAAUGCUGCGUCUCAUCCGAACGCAGUAUUGGAUUCUGAAGGUCAAAACUAUGAUAAGGUCCAUCAUCUACAACUGUAAGGUCUGCACGAUCUUUAAGAAACGCUCGCAAAAUCAGCUGAUGGGUAUUCUUCCAUAG